CUUCUUGUGACAGUGACAUUUACAGGAUUUAUAAAAAAAAGUAUUGUUUUGUUGUCUUGGUUUUCAAGCCGGGUUUCGACUUAAAAAUAAAAUUUAAAUAUAAAAAGUUUGUACUGUGAUUGUUGUGCUUGUGCUACUGAGCCUGCCCAGCCAGCUGCCAUUGGCAUACGAAAAUGCCCAAAAACCCCGAUGCCGAGAAAAACAAUCCAUGCCUGGCAGAGCAGGAUCUGGUGCACAAAUGUUUGAACAAAAACAACUACGACCACAGCCAGUGUGAGCUGUACUUCACAAACUACACCAACUGUAAGGACUUUUGGUAUAAAAUCCGCCGCGAAAGGCGAGCCAAGGGCCUCUAUCCCUACCUGCCGGAUGUCGAGGAUCGAGCUCGAAUCAAGGCGGAGCAUAUGAGAACGAAACCGACUGAUUAGUGUAGUGAUCGGGUGGUUCGGAGGUGUAGUGCUAAUUGAAUCUAUGUUAUAAUAAAGCAGUUUUUUUAUGAU